AUGAAAGUCAAGGGAAAAGAUGUCGUCGUCGAUAAUCGCUGGAUCGUUCCAUAUUGUCCACUUUUGUCGAAAACGUUCUCAAAUCACUGCAAUGUUGAGUAUUGCAACUCCAUAAAAUCUAUCAAAUAUGUUUGCAAAUAUGUGAACAAAGGGAGUGACAUGGCUGUGUUUGGCAUUGCUAAUCCAAAUGCAAACGAUGAGGUGAUGAAAUUUCAACUUGGACGUUACGUGAGUUGUAAUGAGGCAAUUUGGCGGCUGUUUUCAUUUACAAUUCAUGAACGUCACCCGACUGUCGUACAUUUGGCAGUUCACUUAGAGAACGGCCAGCGUGUAUACUUUACGGAAGCGAACGCAGCGCCAAGAGCAGAACGACCACCAGCGACGACAUUGACAAAUUUUUUUUCGACAUGCGAAAGCGAUCCGUUCGCGAGGACUUUACUAUAUUCGGAAAUGCCACGCUAUUAUACAUGGAAUGCUGCAUCAAAGAAGUUUCAACGCAGGAAGAAAGGUGAUGCUGUUGCUGGCUUCGCAGAUGUCUAUUCGACUGAUUCCCUCGGACGAAUAUACACAGUUCAUCCAUGCCAAGACGAAUGCUUCCAUCUUCGCUUACUUUUGGUGAACGUUAGGGGCCCGACAUCCUUCAAUUCCCUGCGUACUGUCGAUGGUGUACUGUGCACAACUUUUCGGGAAGCUUGCCAAUGCUUGAAUUUGCUCGAAAACGAUUCACAUUGGGACUUAACACUCGCCGAUGCAACCGUUUCUAGGCCAGCAAAUCAAAUUCGUACGUUGUUUGCGAUCAUCAUAGCCACAUGUCAUCCAUCGAACCCGAAUGCAUUGUGGGAGAAAUACAAGGACGAGAUGGUUGAUGACAUUUUGCACAGAGUUCGAACGACAGAUUUUAAUUUUGAUAUUGAAAGUAACGACGAGAUGCGGAACGAAGCAUUAGUUGUGAUCGAAGACAUGUGCGUGCUCAUGUGCGGCAGUCUGUUGUCAACUUUGGGAAUGCCAGCGCCAAAUCGUUCGAGGCACGCUGCAUUCAAUCUUGAAUUACAGCGGGAGAAAAACUAUGAUCUAGAUGAGCAGGCUGAAAGAGUCCGAAAAAAUGUGCCGCUGUUGAAUUCCGAGCAGAAGAAUGUAUACGAUUCGCUGAUGAAGGUUGUUGAUGAUGGAACGGGAGGCAUUUACUUUCUCGAUGCUCCUGGAGGGACAGGCAAAACGUUCGUCAUUUCGUUGAUUCUGGCAACCAUUCGGUCAAGAUCACAAAUUGCGUUGGCUGUUGCAUCCUCUGGCAUUGCUGCCACAUUGUUGGAAGGCGGUCGAACUGCACAUUCAGCUUUGAAGCUGCCAAUGAAUCUUCUCAUGGUUGACAAGGCUACAUGCACAGCGACCAAGAAUUCAGCGAAAGCGAAAUUGAUGCGAGAAUGCAAAAUCAUUAUUUGGGAUGAAUGCACGAUGGCACAUAAACUAGCUUUGGAGGCAGUUGACCGAACGAUGAAAGAUUUACGAGGUAAUUCGAGACGAUUUGGUGGGGCAAUGAUAUUGCUCUCCGGAGAUUUUCGUCAAACACUUCCCGUCAUUCCGAAAUCUACUGCUGCCGAUGAAAUUAAUGCAUGCCUGAAAUCGUCGUUUUUGUGGCGGCAUGUAAAGAAGUUGAAAUUGACCACGAACAUGAGAGUUGCGUUGCAAAACGACCCAUCGGCUGCUGAAUUCUUGAGACAACUUCUGGCGCUUGGUAAUGGACACAUUCCGAUUGAUGUUUUGACUGGAUUAAUAUCGUUUCCGGCAAAUUUUUGUGAGUUCACAUCGUCGAAGGAAGAACUCAUUACAAAAGUGUUCCUAAACAUUGAUGUCAAUUAUAACAAUCUUGAUUGGAUGAGUGAACGGGCAAUACUAGCAGCGAGGAAUAAGGACGUCGAUAGCUUGAAUUUUACAAUUCAGAGUAAAAUUGCUGGAGAACUGCGUUCAUACAAAUCCGUUGACAGCACGACAGACGAAAACGAAGCGGUCAACUAUCCGACAGAAUUUUUGAACUCGCUUGAUGUGCCCGGAACUCCACCGCAUAAUUUGCAGGUAAAAGUGGGAUCGAUCAUAAUUAUGUUGCGGAAUCUAAAUCCUCCUAAAUUGUGUAAUGGUACACGAUUGUCCGUCAAGAAACUGAUGAACAAUGUAAUACAAUCAACGAUCAUCAUGUCCAUCAUGUCAAUAGAACCACAACAGCAAAACAACCGCCUGACGAAUUUCUUCGUCCAACGCCAAAACGAACGACGUGAACGUUUGUGUUUGACCACGGUUACAGACUCUCCAUCCGUGUUUUGCGUCGUAUCCAAAAUCUGCAACUCUGGAGCAUCACUAGCUAAAUUUGGACGCGUGGUAAUAUUCGUGGUAGAUAUACACAGCCCACUGGGAAUCACGAAUUUCCGACGAUUCCGGUCUCUGCAUAUCGCUGGUGACCGGCCGAAACUUAAGAUUUGGCGUUGA